CGAGUGUGUGUGUCUGUGUGUGUGCGUGCGUGCGUGUGUGUAUGUGCGAGUGUGUAUGUGCGUGCGUGCGUGCGUGUUGUGUGUGUUUGCGCGCGCGCUCAGUGAGCGAAGCGGAGCGACUGACAGCACCGUUUCCUCUGUCAGCUCCGACUAACAGAACCAUCCAAUAAACGUAACGAUGCUACAACGCUGUUUCCUAUUAUAGUCGUAAACAUUUAAUACGCCAAGAAAUAUAUUUUUUUUGACGGACGUUCAUUAUUAAGUCGGCGUCUAUGAGAGAAAUAUCGCUUUGUCGCCGCGGUCCCUGGAUGGAAGACCGUGAUCUUGGAGGCGCUCGAGCUGAUUGAAGAGCUGCGUUUAUUUUAUUUCUCUGACACAGCUUCAGUUCUAACAAGGAUAGCAAGACAACUCAUAUAAAAUGCCUACAUGGCUCAGAUUUUCCGAUUAUUUCGAAUAUUUAGAAAAACCCAGUGAAAAGUCGUCGUUAUUGCGGAUUUAAAUGUGUCGCGCAGAAGGACCUCCUGUUUCUCUGCCGAUUUCACGCGAAGCGACAUUUUGGGUUAAGAAACUAUCAUUGACAGCGAGGAGCUUGUGCUAUAGGGAACAGCACUGUUGCGCAGACUGGGCUUUUUAAAGCAAUAUGGCUGAUGGCUGUGGCUGGGGGCGCUGGCAGGAGCAGGAGCUCUCCAAAUGCUAGCUGGGGCAGAUCGCAACCUUUCCCGCGGCGGCGACGGCAUCUCUAGAAUGACUAAUAAUAACAACUACAAUAAAAACUCGGACUCUUCUGUCUCUAUAUCCAGGAUGGAUGUGAUCAUCCCGUUCUCCGCAGACGUGCCGUGCGAUAACAAUGGCCAGCGCAUGUGGUGGGCUUUCCUCGCCUCGUCCAUGGUGACGUUCUUCGGGGGUCUCUUUAUCAUCCUCCUGUGGAGGACCCUCAAGUACCUGUGGACUGUCUGCUGCCAUUGUAACGUCAAAAACAAGGAGGCCCAGAAAGUGAAUAACGGGCAGGCAGAUGGGCCACUGAAGAGCCAGGAUGAGAAGGAUGAGGCUCCAGCUAGUGAGGUGGGCUGGAUGACCUCGGUGAAAGACUGGGCCGGGGUCAUGAUCUCAGCACAGACUCUCACAGGCAGAGUACUGGUCGUGUUAGUCUUUGCUCUCAGUAUUGGAGCCCUUGGAAUAUACUUCAUAGACUCGUCUGACCCUAUAGAGUCCUGUCAGAACUUCUAUAAAGACUUCACGUUACAGAUCGACAUGGCCUUCAAUGUGUUCUUCUUACUCUACUUUGGUCUGCGAUUUAUUGCAGCAAACGACAAGCUUUGGUUCUGGCUGGAGGUGAACUCCGUGGUGGAUUUCUUUACUGUGCCACCUGUGUUUGUGUCGGUGUAUCUUAACAGAAGCUGGCUGGGUCUGAGAUUUCUAAGAGCCUUGAGACUGAUACAGUUCUCAGAAAUUUUACAGUUUUUGAAUAUCUUAAAGACAAGUAAUUCCAUCAAGCUGGUGAACCUGUGUUCCAUCUUCAUAAGCACAUGGCUCACAGCUGCAGGAUUCAUUCAUCUGGUGGAAAACUCAGGGGAUCCUUGGGAAAACUUCCAAAAUUCUCAACCACUUUCAUAUUGGGAAUGUGUGUACUUACUCAUGGUCACUAUGUCCACGGUGGGAUACGGGGACGUCUGUGCGAAAACCACCCUUGGCCGACUUUUCAUGGUCUUCUUCAUUCUUGGCGGUUUGGCCAUGUUUGCCAGCUACGUCCCUGAAAUCAUAGAGUUAAUAGGAAACCGCAAGAAAUAUGGUGGUUCCUAUAGUGCGGUUAAUGGCAGAAAGCAUAUUGUGGUCUGUGGUCAUAUCACACUUGAAAGUGUAUCCAACUUCCUUAAAGACUUCCUACACAAGGACAGGGAUGAUGUCAAUGUAGAAAUUGUUUUUCUUCAUAAUAUUUCCCCUAAUCUUGAGCUGGAAGCCUUGUUCAAACGUCACUUCACUCAGGUGGAAUUCUACCAAGGAUCUGUUCUUAACCCACAUGAUCUAGCUAGAGUCAAGAUCGAGUCAGCGGACGCAUGCUUAAUUCUCGCCAACAAAUACUGUGCAGACCCGGAUGCUGAAGAUGCAUCAAACAUUAUGAGAGUUAUAUCCAUCAAGAAUUACCAUCCAAAGAUAAGAAUAAUAACUCAAAUGUUACAGUACCACAACAAGGCCCAUCUGCUAAACAUUCCCAGCUGGAACUGGAAGGAGGGCGAUGAUGCGAUCUGCCUGGCCGAGCUGAAGGCAGGCUUUAUAGCCCAGAGCUGCCUGGCACAAGGCCUGUCCACCAUGCUUGCCAACCUCUUCUCCAUGAGGUCAUACAUCAAGAUUGAAGAGGACACAUGGCAGAAGUAUUAUUUGGAGGGAGUGGCUAAUGAGAUGUACACUGAGUACUUGUCCAGUGCCUUUGUGGGCCUUUCUUUUCCUACAGUUUGUGAGCUAUGUUAUGUGAAGCUCAAAUUGUUGUUGAUUGCUAUUGAGUACAAGUCCGAGCAGAGGGAAAGCAGAAGCAGAAAGCGUAUCCUGAUCAAUCCUGGGAACCAUGUAAAGAUGCAGGAGGGAACCUUGGGAUUCUUUAUUGCCAGUGAUGCCAAAGAGGUCAAAAGAGCAUAUUUUUACUGCAAAGCUUGUCAUGAUGACAUCACAGAUCCCAAAAGGAUCAAAAAGUGUGGCUGCAAGAGACUGAUAUAUUCCAAGAUGUCCGUCUACAAGCGAAUGAAACUGGCAUGUUGUUUUGAUUGCGGGCGCUCUGAGCGCGACUGCUCGUGCAUGGCAGGCAGUGUACAUAGUAACAUGGACAGCCUUCAGAGGGCCUUCCCACUUUCUUCUGUCUCUGUUCAUGAUUGCUCAACCAGUUUACGUGCCUCCAAAUAUAAGUAUAACGGAUAUAUUACGUCACCAGCAGAUGGCGCUACAACUCCAGGGAAAACAGGAGGUCAGAGAGAGGCUGGGGUUCGGUUCAAAGCAGAAUGGAUUUUAGUAAAGGAGGAAGUUAGACCCAGUUUUCAAAAUCGCACAGUUAAAUUAGCAACAAAUAUUGCAGUCCCACAAACUUUGGCAGUGGAGCGUUCUGCUGAAGCCCUUGUAAUUAACUGUAAAGGAAGUCUGCUUCCUCCAGUCCCACCCCCACGCCGAGGUUUCAGCCUGGCUGGCCUGCAUCGGGCCCACAGCCUGCCUGGGAAAUACCGCUACCACGCCAACACCUCCAUGCUCUCCUCCUCCCCGCACUCAUCGAUGCUUUCCUGCACCCAUUCCUCUUCUAUACGCUCCUCCAGUCGCCCACCAACACCCUUUGACGACGAGCAUCCAUCAACGCUGUCACCCAAAAAGAAGCAGCGCAAUGGAGGCAUGCGAAAUUCACCCAACUGCUCACCCAAAGUGAUGAGACACGACCCUUUACUUAUUCCAGGAAACGAGCAGAUUGAGAAUAUGGACGCUAAUGUGAAGAGAUACGACUCCACUGGAAUGUUUCACUGGUGCCCUUCCAAAGAAAUUGAGAAAGUCAUUCUGACAAGGAGUGAGGCUUCCAUGACGGUUCUAAGUGGACAUGUCGUGGUCUGUAUAUUCGGUGAUGUCAGUUCUGCUUUGGUGGGGCUGCGAAACUUGGUUAUGCCUUUAAGAGCAAGUAACUUCCAUUACCAUGAGCUGAAGCACAUAGUGUUUGUAGGCUCACUGGAGUAUCUGAGGAGAGAAUGGGAAACCCUUCAUAACUUCCCCAAGGUCUCCAUCUUACCUGGCACACCAUUAAGUCGAGCUGAUUUAAGGGCUGUAAACAUCAACCUCUGCGACAUGUGCGUUAUCCUGUCAGCCAAUCAGAACAAUAUCGACGAUGCUUCACUGCAGGAUAAGGAAUGCAUCUUGGCAUCACUCAACAUCAAAUCUAUGCAGUUUGAUGACAGCAUUGGGGUCCUGCAGGCUAAUUCCCAAGGUUUUACACCUCCUGGAAUGGAUAGAUCGUCUCCAGACAACAGUCCAGUGCACGGGUUGGUUCGCCAGGCGUCUGUCACUACUGGCUCCAACAUCCCAAUCAUAACUGAACUAGUGAAUGAUUCAAAUGUUCAGUUCCUGGACCAAGAUGAUGAUGAUGACCCGGAUACAGAGCUGUAUCUCACCCAACCCUUUGCCUGUGGGACAGCUUUUGCCAUCAGUGUGCUCGACUCUCUUAUGAGCGCUACGUACUUCAACGAUAAUAUCCUGACGCUGAUCCGGACGCUGGUGACAGGAGGGGCUACGCCGGAGCUUGAGGCACUGUUGGCCGAGGAGAAUGCUUUGCGUGGAGGAUAUAGCACGCCACAGACGCUAGCUAACAGGGACAGGUGUCGCGUGGCACAGCUCGCCCUCUACGAUGGCCCUUUUGCAGACUUGGGGGAUGGUGGCUGUUAUGGGGACUUGUUUUGUAAAGCAUUAAAAACCUACAACAUGCUGUGCUUUGGAAUCUAUAGAUUAAGAGAUGCACACCUAAGUGCACCGAGCCAGUGCACAAAAAGGUAUGUCAUCACCAACCCACCCUAUGAGUUCGAGCUUGUUCCCACAGACCUGAUCUUCUGCCUGAUGCAGUUUGACCACAACGCAGGUCAGUCGCGAACCAGCCUGUCCCAUUCCUCCCAUUCCUCCCACUCAUCCAGCAAGAAGAGCUCCUCAGUUCACUCAAUCCCUACCACCAACCGGCCCAACCGCAGCAGCAAGACCCGCGAAAGCCGCGAAAAACACAAUGCAACAAGGAUGAAUAGAAUGAGCCAAGAAAAGAAAUGGUUUACAGAUGAACCAGAAAAUGCCUACCCAAGGAACAUUCAAAUCAAGCCCAUGAGCACUCACAUGGCCAAUCAAGUCAAUCAGUACAAAUCCACUAGCAGCCUGAUUCCACCGAUCAGAGAAGUUGAAGAUGAAUGCUGAAUCCCAGGCUUUUGACGGGUUGGAGCAUCCUGAUGUAAAAGAUGAGCGGUGAUGUGGAAACAGUGAUGAUAAUAGCGAUUCACUGACAUUUUACACCUCAAAGGUUUUUUUUUUUUUGUGAUAAUGGAAACUAGAAGGGACCUCCUAUGUGUAUACCUUUAAUGUUACUUCCAUGCUUUUGGAAACAUUUAAUUUAUAAAUGUAUACAUAGUGAUGUACAUGACAAUCAAAUAAGGAUUGUACAGCCCUCUAGCACUUUUUAAAAUUAUGUUAAAACAGUAAAGAAGUACUUCCUGUAAUUCAUUGCAAUAUUUUGUGUCUGUAGUGACCUGACUCUGUGCAGAAGGCUUUGUGUUAUCUAGGAUGAGGGUCACAGUCUUUCAGCUUGUUAACAUUACCCAAAGAACCUCAUCUGAAGUGUCGCUUUAGCCCCACUACACACAUACAUGCACGCUCAUCUGCUUCUUUUUGCACUAAAUAAUAAUGGUGGAAAAACUUGAGACCGGAAUCUGAACGUGAACGUUUCUGAAUUCACAGCACAGUGAGUAAACUUGCUGGCUGACUGUAGAGUGGCUCGCUUACAACAAGUUACUAUUAAGGGUGAUAAGAGUUGCUUAAGGGUCCUGCUUUGUGUGGAGAAGUUUUCAGUUUAGUAAACGAUGCACACAACCUGGACUUGCAAAGCAGGAAUCUGAUUUCAUUUCCAUCCACAUAAACAGUGAAGGCCAUCAUGUACAAGAAUGUACUUAUCAUGUUCAUGUAAUAAUGCAAGAGGUCAUCUCCAGCGUAGCCCUACUAAAUUGGCAAUACAUUAUCAGGAUAUGCACUACUUUUGUUGAUGUCUUUCCAUCAUGCUUGACUGCUGGUGUGUUGCUGCGGUUGUUAAAAGUGUAUAAUCAAGGCUCAUAAUGCGUCGUUUGGAAAAGCUACAGGAAAGGAAUACUAUGUUGUGGUUUACACACUACACUCACAAAGUGAUAAUGCCACUGUGGUCGAGCUUUCAAAUCAUAUUUAAACAUCUUGUCUGAUUUUGAAUUAAAGAAGAAUCUUGAAAUGUUGUGUUAAAUGCCACAUAUUGCGAAAAGUGGGCAUUCAUGGUUCCUCCUUCUGACUGAUGGCACUGCCUGUCACAUCGUUGGCACAGAGGCAGAGACAUGCUUGGAUGUUCUCUGUGACCAAACAUGAUGCCUUUAUAUUACAAGAAUCGAAAAAAAUCUACACAACAAGCAAAGCUCAAUCACGUCUGUCAUUAUCACGUAAAGAGAAUGUCGGACAGUGUGUUGUGUCGACUGCACUACACUUCACACUGGAACACGGUGGUGUGCUGAGCCUUCAUGUGGGAAGUGUAAUAAUACAUAUGUUAAGCAGAUUUUUGCUUGAAGUGUUCUGUCAGAUUUAUACAUACUGUACGUACAUAGUUAUUUUUUAUCCACAUAAGCAUAAUCAUUUUGUACUUAUUUUUAUACAUAUCAAAGAAUUUAUUUCUAAAAUGAUCUUAAAUAGAUAUUAACAAGGCUUCAGUACACACCAGUUAAGUUUGUUGUCCAACAGAACAUAUCAUGCUUUUAAAAGGACAAGUGUACUGACCAUCUCAUGCUACAGGAGACAGUCGCAAAGUUCCAGCUUCAGUUCUCCGUCUGCUUUUCUGGGAGAGAACUUUAAUACUCCAUACUUGAGCUGCUUUGAAGGACCUAGUUAUAUCAAUUAAAAUAUUCUAUUACUCAUUUUUCUGGGCUGAGAUAAACUAUCGAUACCGUAAUUAGAUGUAAACUGUAGUAUAAUUCCAAGCUGAAAGUGAAAAUUAGAUGGUGAACAUGUGCAUGAGAAUGGGUCAUUGCCAAUGGCUUGCAUCUACUCUCUCUUUCUCAGGGUAGAAUUGAUCGUUAACACUGAUAUUGACCUAAAUUAGGUCUCAGGAAAUAAAGUAACAUGCUGAAAUAUUUUCAUGUGCAGAAACUGUAAUACACUUAAAACUGUGUUUGAAAUGGCACAGACAGUCAGUGAGCUAAUCAUCAUCUAAUGCUAGAUAGAAGAAAAAACAUAGCAAUUUUACUACUGAGGAAAAAAUAUGAUAACGCUUAGUGUCGAAUUAUGUCGUGUAAAUUCUGCCCAUUUAUAGGCCACAUUUUAUUUUUUUGAAGAACAAGGAUCUCAGCUUUAAUGUUUGUCCACUGGGUGUAGUUUGAUCCUGAUGCAGCCCACUAGGCUCUGUCCUCAAGUGAUUUUGAAUUGUGAAUACAUGGAUGUUACACUUUGUAGCAAGUAGAUUCUUUAAAAUAAAAUGUGAGUAAACUCUAUGUAAAAUUGGAUUUUUAAAUAACAUACAUUCUAGUCUGGGGAGGAAAAAAAAAGGAUUUAGACCUAAAACGAAUCAUAAAUCAAAAUAUACUGGAGUCAUUUUUAGAGGCUUUGUCCAAGAUUCUUUUCCUGUAAUGAAACUCAUGCAGUGUGAUGUAAAGCUAAAGUAUGGUGUAGGACGAAGGAUUGAAUGUUUUUGAGAGAAGCUAAUUUCAGAGUCAUACUGUAAUUUCAGUUUGUUAUUUCUUUAAUAUCAGCGUUUACAUUCCAUGUUGCCAGUUUUUAAGCAAUUAUAUGUUAUAGUAAUUAAGUCAUUGUUUAAAACGCUCACUAUCACUAUUUGUUUACAGAUAUAGCAAUUAGUAUAUUUCAGGAAUGUUUUUUUCUCUGUCAGUAGAUUUAGGAUUUUUCUUUCUUUUUUUUUUCUUUAGACAGCUAAAGUCUGUCCACAAAGUGAUAAACAAGGCUUGUCCUUCAGCUUGACUAUAUUCUCCAGUGUGCAACAAGAGCCACAGCAGCUCAGUGCAGUGUAUGUGUGUGUGUGUUUGCGUGUGUGUGUGUGUGUGUGUGUGUGUGUGUGUGCGUGUGUGUGUAUACGUGUGUACCUGCUGCGAGGUGAAACCACUCUUCUCUACAUAUCAGUCUGUCUAAAGUGCCAUGAAGUUGUCUAUAACCCAGCAUCAUCCAGUCAGAUGUUAAAAUCAUUAAGAGGAUUUUUGUGGCAUCUAUUCCUGGCAUGGAGAACAUCCAAGCCAUGCAAGCCUCCAUGCCAGGGCAAGUGCAGGCAGUGCUGCAGUUCAACUGAAGGGGGAACGCCUGAAGACCCACUAAAGCGAAAAGUGGCAUCUAAGAGAGCUCAAAGGUUCAGCUAGAGAGCCAGACUCUACUGAUACACAUAUAACUUCAUAAAAAAAAACCACACUGACUGAAUGAUGCUGUUAACUACAUGCGGUUUAAUGUGUCUGUAUGAUCAUCUGUCCACUUGUUAAAGAGUGUUAUUUCAGACUAUUAUUCUACUAUAAAAAUUGUCUGUCAAUACAACGUUACAAACUGUAUUGAAUAAUGUGCUUUAAGGGAAUUAAGUCUUAACUGAAAGUUAAAACCUAAGCUGAAACUGCUAUUUUUUUUUUUUAAUUUUCAUUUUAAUAAAGUCAGAACAUUCAGUUUCCAUUUAAUUAUUUGGCUGUUCAUUACAGGAAAAAGGAGUUUGAACUGUUUUGGCUAAUGGAGAAAUGGAGAACUUGAUGGUGCUGAGUUGAUCUACCUGACUCUGUCAAAUAUAACCUGCUGAUAAACAUACUGUCUUGUACAAAAAGUUUGUACAUAAAUUGUACAUGUUUCUUUUUGUAUUUUCUCAAAUUAAAAUGGAUGUAUUUGUGUUCUAAGGACUGUCAUUUUUUGAGGUUGCUGAAAGCAAGUUUUACUGUAACUGACCACUGAUUGUGUAACCAUGCUUAUACCUCAGAGCUCUUUAAUCAAUUAGUCAGAUUAAUUGUUUCAAUACUCU